UAUUAAUUAACUAGUACUGCUACUACUGUGUUUGUUUGUGUAGAACCCAACUUUACCUCUUGAAUCCUCGCGUCCCUUCUUUUUGCUUCCAAAUCCAACAACCGGCUCCGCAUAGCUGCGUUUGAUUGGUUUCCUCUUUUUAUUUCUUCUUUCCUUCGUAAACCAGCAACUUCCAUACACCCCGGCGCACGAUAGCUUCCACUUCGCCGUUACCGUUACUAUUUCUGUUUCUGUUCACCACCUUGUUUAGCUUCUCCUAACUAACACUCUUCUUUUGAAAUCCUACUAUCUCAGAGGAUCUGAGCUUAUUACGAAAACUUCGAUCGGAGCUCUCUGUUCAUUGGGAGCAGGAAUAUCAACUCUUGGCAUGUGGGCGCAUUAUCGCGAAAAUUCUUCAAUGUACAAACGCACUCCUUCGAGAGAAUCUACAAGCAUGACAGAUGUGGAAGAAAACUCAAGUCUUCUAGGAAAUGGCUUGGAGAAAGAAACAUUGAAUCCUUCUUGGAAGCUCUCCUUACCGCAUGUACUUGUGGGGACCCUUUCAUCAUUUCUAUUUGGAUACCAUCUUGGAGUAGUUAAUGAACCACUUGAAAGCAUAUCUGUGGAUCUUGGCUUCAGGGGAAAUACCUUGGCAGAAGGUCUGGUGGUGAGCAUAUGUCUUGGUGGUGCGUUAAUUGGAAGUCUAUUCAGUGGCUGGAUUGCUGACGCAGUUGGGCGUCGUAGGGCUUUCCAAUUGUGUGCUUUGCCAAUGAUAAUUGGCGCUUUGAUGAGUGCAGCAACAAACAACUUGUUUGGUAUGCUUGUAGGACGGUUAUUUGUUGGGACUGGCCUGGGUCUGGGCCCUCCUGCUGUUGCUCUGUAUGUGACGGAGGUUUCUCCUGCUUCUGUACGGGGUACCUAUGGAGCCUUAAUCCAGAUUGCAACUUGCCUUGGUAUAUUGGGAGCUUUAUUGAUCGGAAUCCCUGUCAAAGAAAUCUCUGGAUGGUGGCGGGUGUGUUUCGGGUUUGAAUGUAUGCUUGAUAUGAAGCUUUUUUUUUUUUUGGGGUCAAUAAGUGAAAGCUUAAAUAUGCCUUGUUAUGUUGCUGUUGUAUCUGUUUACUCUCUCAUUCAAGGAAGAAUUGCUGAAGCAGAAGCCACAUUUGAGAGGCUUCUGGGUGCUUCAGAAGCAAAAUUUGCUAUGUCAGAAUUAUCUAAGGUAGAUAGAGGAGAUGACGCUGAUACUGUGAAGCUCUCAGAAUUGGUACGGGGUCGUCAUUUUAAAGUUGUUUUUAUUGGGUCAACCCUAUUUGCUUUACAACAGCUAUCUGGUAUAAACGCUGUGUUUUAUUUCUCUUCAACUGUUUUUAAAAGUGCCGGAGUGCCUUCAGAUAUUGCAAAUGGCUGCAUAGGAAUUGCUAAUCUGUUAGGAUCUAUCAUUUCAAUGGUUUUGAUGGAUAAGCUAGGAAGGAAAGUUCUACUUUUCUGGAGUUUCUUCAGCAUGGCUAUAUCGAUGAUGCUUCAAGCCAUAGGAGCAAGUUCAAUCGUGUCAAACCCAGGAGCUUUGUAUUUAUCUGUUGGUGGCAUGUUACUAUUUGUCUUCACAUUUGCUCUUGGGGCUGGCCCGGUUCCAAGUCUUCUCCUACCAGAAAUCUUUCCAAGUCGAAUCAGAGCCAAAGCCAUGGCUGUCUGUAUGUCAGUGCAUUGGGUCAUAAAUUUCUUUGUUGGACUACUGUUCUUGCGGUUGCUUGAGAAACUUGGUGCACAGCUGCUUUACUCUAUCUUUGCCACCUUCUGCGUGAUAGCAGUAAUUUUUGUUAAAAGGAAUGUGAUUGAAACGAAAGGGAAGUCACUUCAUGAAAUUGAGAUUGCACUUCUUCCACAGGACUAGAUCUUACAAAGAUCCAUUCAUUGCUGUAAUUUUGUUUAGUUUUGAGCUGUCAUAGUUUCAGCUGAAAGCAGGAAUUGUGCGUUGUUGAAUGUAAUAUUGAAAACCAAGAGCCUUUAUUAGUGUAUUAUUACCGUAGCAAGUUUUAAUUUCUUAGUAGGGGUUCUUUUUGCGGCUUACAAAUAAUUAUUAUUAUCAGUAUUCUGUUUGGAGCUGUGGGAUCUGUAUUCUAGAUCGGUAGAUCCAUGUGUAUGGAAAUCCAUUCACCACAAAAUUACAAAAUAAUCUAAUCUUUUUCCAUC